UCGGCCGGACCGAUUUCAACCUAACGCAAUGGUCCCGGCUCUGUGAGAAAUUGGAUGCAGCUUCUGCGUGGUACCACCGUCUUUCUGAUCAACAAUCUUUGAACUGCUCAAAGUUUGGCUCCUGUGCGGACACGCUUCUGCAAUCUGGCGGCACUUCCCAUCAACUUAGUGCAGUUGGCGUGUCGUCAAUGGCCCAGAGUCUGGGCCUUCCCAGCAACGCGGCAUCGCUGGGCCAGAGCAUGGGCCUGCCCGGCUUCCUGGUUCAGACGGACCGCGUGACCGCCACGCCGUCGCAGUGUGUCGCCGACUCUGGCCAGGAAGGCGUCUGCGUGCUCGCCAAGCAGUGUCUCAGGGAGGGAGGCGUCUCGCUGGGACGGUGCUCCGACGGGAAACUGAUCUGCUGCCACCGUCCCGAACAGGAGACGUCGGUCAGGUGCGGCAGCGUGGUGACCGACGACGAGGUGGUGUUCCGCAGCCCCGAGUACCCGCACCAGCCAGCCGUGUUCGGCCAGUGCCAGGUCACGGUGCACGCCCGAGAGGAGGUCUGCCAGCUGCGGCUGGACUUCUCCGAGUUUUCGCUCUCGCCGCCGGAGACUUGCGGACCCCGGGCGGGCCACUGCCUGGACGACGCGUUCAGCGUGUCUGCAGGCCUCGAGUCCGCCAACUACCCCGUCCUCUGCGGUUACAACAGCGGCCAGCACAUGUACGUUGACGUGAGCCAGACCAAGCAGGCCGUCCUUUCUGUUCGCCUGAGUGCCCGCACAGAAAUGGAGCGCCGGUGGAGCAUUCGCAUCACGCAGGUGGCCUGCUGGAGUCCCAAUAUGGCUCCUGAGGGCUGUCUGCAGUACCACACCAAAGCUGCAGAUAUCAUCACCAGCUUCAACUUCGCCCGCAACCCAACCGGUUUCCAUUAUUUUGCCAAUAUGCAUUACUCCAUUUGCAUCCGACGUCAGCUCGGCUUUUGCUCCAUCCUGUUCCAGGAGAAUGGUGCCAACGGCUUCCGCCUCAGCCCCCUGAUAAACCAGCGUUGCCGCGACGCUUACGUACUCAUUCCUACCGGCUCGACUGGCACUGUCACCGAGGGCAACCUGGGUGACCGCAUCUGCGGCACCACUUUUACACCUGUUGCUUCCAACCUCGCACCCUUCCGUGUAUCGUUCGUGACUGGGCCUCGUAUUGGCUACACGGACUGCCCUUGCCCGGGACGCCGCCCGAGUGCACCUACAUCGCGCCCCAACACUCCAGAGCGCCCCGAUUUUCCCCCACGCCAGCCCACUCUGCCCCCACGCCAGCCCACUCUGCCACCACGCCAGCCCACACUGCCGCCACUUCCGGUUGGACCCCCUCGUCCCAACCCACCUACCGCGACACUGCCGCCACUUCCGGUUGGACCCCCUCGUCCCAACCCACCUACCGCGACUGUUCCUGAGACUCCUAUCGGAUCCCAGCAACCCGGAGGACUGGGCUUCCCUCCUAUCGGAUCCCAGCAACCCGGAGGACUGCGCUUCCCUCCGACAAACCAGACUCUGGUGGUGGGAAGGCAGUUCGCCGACGCCCUGGUGUGCCGCGCUGGCGGCUUCAGUCUGCGCUACGCUCAGCUACCUCACGGUUGCUGAGUGUCCACGUGUCUACCUCCCCGUUCUAGUCAACUGUACAGUUCUGUAAAUACUGUAAAUACUGCAAUAAAGUAUUGUAUAUUCACGGCG